GACGGCGUCGGGCGCGCUGGGCUGUGCGGCCGUCGCUGCCUGGCACGCGGGGCGCGCCUUGACCCUUCCUGCACUGCAGGCUUCCGACGCGCGCGAAGACCGCGGCUGCGCGGGCCUGAGCUCGCUCCGACCGGCCCUGGCUCUGCCUGAGGAGCGGCGGCUCGCGAAGAAGCGUCUCUCCGGGAGUGGGCCGAGGGCUGUGUGGACCGCCGGCCCCUCUGCACCGAGCUGCGGUUUCUGUUGAAAUAAGCAUUCUAGCAAACUGCUGAAGAAAGAGCCUUGAUAGACUAGGAUAUUUUAAAGAACUGUUGAAGACGAAGUUUUUUUUAUUUUUGUGUGUUUUUUAAUGGCUUUACAGAAUAUUAAAUAGAAUACAGUUUGACAUGACGGCAAAAAAUGUUGGUUUGACAUCCACAAAUACAGAACUGAGGGGCUUUAUAGAUCAGAAUUUCAGUCCAACAAAAGGUAACAUUUCACUUGUUGCCUUUCCAGUUUCAAGCACCAACUCACCAACAAAGAUUUUACCGAAAACCUUAGGGCCAAUAAAUGUGAAUGUUGGACCCCAAAUGAUUAUAAGCACACCACAGAGAAUCACCAAUUCAGGAAGUGUUCUGAUUGGGAGUCCAUACACCCCUGCACCAGCAAUGGUCACUCAGACUCACAUAACUGAGGCUGCUGGCUGGGUUCCCAGUGAUAGAAAACGAGCUAGAGAAUUUAUAGACUCUGAUUUUUCAGAAAGUAAACGAAGCAAAAAGGGAGAUAAAAAUGGGAAAGGUUUGAGACAUUUUUCAAUGAAGGUGUGUGAGAAAGUCCAGCGGAAAGGCACAACAUCAUACAAUGAAGUAGCUGACGAGCUGGUGUCCGAGUUUACCAAUUCAAAUAACCAUCUGGCGGCUGACUCGCAGGCUUAUGAUCAGAAGAACAUUAGACGAAGAGUUUAUGAUGCUUUAAAUGUGCUAAUGGCGAUGAACAUAAUUUCAAAGGAAAAAAAAGAAAUCAAGUGGAUUGGCCUGCCUACCAAUUCUGCUCAGGAAUGCCAAAACCUGGAAAUAGAGAAGCAGAGGCGGAUAGAACGGAUAAAGCAGAAACGGGCCCAGCUUCAGGAACUUCUCCUUCAGCAAAUUGCUUUUAAAAACCUGGUACAGAGAAAUCGACAAAAUGAACAACAAAACCAGGGCCCUCCAGCUGUGAACUCCACCAUUCAGCUUCCAUUUAUAAUCAUUAAUACAAGCAGGAAAACAGUCAUAGACUGCAGCAUCUCCAGUGACAAGUUUGAAUACCUUUUUAAUUUUGAUAACACCUUUGAGAUCCAUGAUGACAUAGAGGUACUGAAACGGAUGGGAAUGUCCUUUGGUCUGGAGUCAGGCAAAUGCUCUCUGGAAGAUCUGAAAAUCGCAAAAUCCCUGGUUCCAAAAGCUUUAGAAGGCUAUAUCACAGAUAUCUCUACAGGACCUUCUUGGUUAAAUCAGGGACUACUUUUGAACUCUACCCAAUCAGUUUCAAAUUUAGACCCAACCACCGGUGCCACUAUACCCCAAUCAAGUGUAAACCAAGGGUUGUGCUUGGAUGCUGAAGUGGCCUUAGCAACUGGGCAGCUGCUCCCUGCCCCAAACAGUCACCAGUCCAGCAGUGCAGCCUCUCACUUCUCGGAGUCCCGCGGAGAGACCCCCUGUUCAUUCAACGAUGAAGAUGAAGAAGAUGAAGAGGAGGAUCCCUCCUCCCCAGAAUAAAGACAGGAGAGAACUCAUGUUUUGAUAUUUGAUGCUCAUGUGUGUCUUUAGUGUGAGCUCUUGUGUUUUGAAAUGAUUGCUUCAGUCUUUGCCUUUGUUUGCAUUUGUGUUUAGUGAAAACUAGAGAAACACAAUAAGCAAAUCACAUGAAGGCUGAGAUGAUUGAAAGGAAAGUUCCCCUAGGGUGGAUGACAGCUGAGCGGCAGAGCAGCAGGACAUGGCCAACAAAGCAAGCUUUCUGAGGAGGCAGACACUGCUCUGAAGAGCAGCAGUGGAUGACGUGCAUUUGUCUACAGGGAGGGAGGGUUUAAAGACCCCCAGUGUGAGCAUUCAGACUUCAGGUGGCUUCAAGGAGAAGUUUGCAGUGGUGACAGCUUCUCCUUCGCCCACCCGCCCUGCUGGCUUUGGUAGGCAAAAGUGAACUUGGAAGUCACAGUGGGAGUCAGUGAGGUGUAGACUGAGAUCCUUGCUUGAGGAGCCAGUGAACUGCUGAGCUAGUCACCUCUGGCUGAGCACCUCAUGCAUCUGCUGCCUUAGCUUCUAGAAGGGAGCAAGCACUAACUUUUAAGUACCUAGGUGACAUGUAGAAAAAUUUACAGUAAACUGAAAUGACCAUUUGUCAAUGCAUUGGUGCAUAGGAGUUACUAGGGCUACUUCUGGAAGCCAAAAUAGAAUAGCAUCUCCAUGUGCAUUAAAAACUUCGCCAGCACUGCCUUUUGCCAGCAUUCUAAAUUUGGAGUUUUACUGGGAAGGAAACUGUUUUUAUAGUUUUAAUCAGAGCUAUGCAUUUCAUACAGCUUUUAAAUUUACAAUGAAACAAAGAAACAAAUUCCUUUGACCAAAUUGCUUGUCUAUAGUUGUCUGCAGUACUGUAUGAUUUUACCCAUGUGCAAUUUGUAAAAAUGAACCAGAUGUCAUUACUUUUGUCUUUAUUUCAAGAAUAUGGCCAUUAUUGUUCUCUUAUACAUGUUAUCUUUUCCAUAUUUUAAUUAUCAAAAUGACCUUAUUAGAUUUAUUCCUGGGUAAAUUGCAUUUCAAACUCACUCAAUAUUCAGUGUUUUUGUUAAAACCUUGAACACUCCAGUUGACUGCAUCUGUGCUAACGUGGUAUAUCAUAUGUGAUCUUAAAGCCAAAGAUGCUAUGGAAACACUGCA